UUCUGCCGUAAACAGUGAACCAGCCUUGACUUUGUCCGAUCAUCAUGGUGCUCACUCAAGAAGAUCGUCAGCUGAUCCAGUACGGCACUCGCGUUGAUACGCUACUUCGCAAACUGAACAAACCGCAGAUAUUGGCAGUUGCUAAACAGUGGUUCAACGAUCCGGAAUUACGACCUUCUUCCGGCACUUGGGACGAUUAUGCCGCAUUAGAGACGGCCACCAAACCAAAGCUUGUGCAGCAAAUAUUCACCGAUUAUCCGUCAGGACUAUAUGCCCUACAGAUUGCGCAACUUGAUCUAACGCCACACUUCUUUUUCUACAGAUGUCAUGCAUCAACCCGUUUACAAAUCAUGGAAAGUAUGGGAACUGAAACAAGGGAACAACCAACACCGUGCUGAACUGGGGAUUGAUGCCUCGGUGUUGCGGGAUCGUUUACAACAGUAUUUGAAUCCUUUCUUCAGUUGUCAUGUGCUGGUUUGGAAACAGAAUGACACAGACACCCACUGGGUCCGUGUAUGUAUGACCGACAGUAUGGAAGCCCACACUGCUCCUCGUUCUUCGUGCCUCGCUUAUCUGGUGCAUCUGUGUAAUACGCCCUACAUUUUGUUUUCUAGCAUCGCCUCAAGCGACCGAAAGGAGUAUGUCAUUCAGGGUGUUUUGCAUACAUUUGCCGCCGAAUCAGCGCAGGAGCAAAAUCUAAGCAGUAAACGGGUGGAUACGUUAUCCGAAAUUGUUUUGAACCAGACUUCUCUGGGCGUUUUCAGUAAAUUCAGGUUGGAUCAAGUGGACAGCAACCCGCUGGAUUACCGGGCCAAACCGUCCAAACCACUCAAAGGAGCCGAAGCCUACGUGAGCACUCGGGAAGAGAAGAAACGUAUUGUUCCUACAGAUAAAGACUUGGUGAAAAAUCGGUAUACCCAGGUCGCCGAAAGCUUUGGUUGGAAUCCGAUGCCGAAUUUAGAAUCACUGCAAAUCGAGCUGACCGUACCUCUGGAAAACGAAUCACUGACGGCCAUGCUGUCACAGACGGAAGAAGGCCAUACCAGCGUGGCCGAAGAAGAGGACGAAAUGCAAAUGACCAUCAAUAUUAAGGGCACCAACGUUUUGGAAGGCAUGCGGCGUUUGAUUUUGGAAGGCGUGCUUCAACCCCCCAUACCCGAAUGGAUGAUGCAGUUGGCUUCAGCAGGUACAGAUAACGUCGUGGUCACCAGAGAUGGACGCUGGGCCCAGGCCGGCGCCGAACCACCAUCACCCAUGGACACAGAAAACAUCCCUCCCAUCUCUUAGAAUCACCGCUUAUUUUCCCCAUGUAUCUUUUUUCGUCCUCCCUUCUUCCAAUUAGGAUCCUCAUUCAUCGCCGCAUCGCUCUUGCUACUAGCAUAUCCUUUACAUACUCCAUUUGUAUUCAUGAUCCUACAAAAAGGUCAUCCUAACAUUGAUGGCAACUCACAUUUUUUUGCUCGUUUGUAAAUUUAUCUAUUGUAUUUUAUUUUAUUAUAUUUUUCAACAAGGGACCUCGCUUUUAUGAGGGUAUAGACAG